AUGCCUGCCACAACGGCGGACACGCUAUCCCUCGUCAACCGCUCUGUGACGGUUGCCCCGUUAGUCCUCCUCUCCGUCGCAGAUCACUAUGGACGCACAGCAAAGGGAACCCGGAAGCGUGUUGUAGGUGUACUACUGGGUGAGAACUCGGGUGAUAAUGUCCGGGUAUCAAACAGUUUCGCCGUUCCAUUCGAGGAAGAUGAGAAGGACCCAUCAGUCUGGUUCUUGGACCACAAUUUCGUCGAGUCGAUGAGGGACAUGUUCAAGAAGAUCAAUGCUCGCGAGAAGCUAGUCGGCUGGUACCACUCAGGACCCAAGCUACGUGCUUCGGAUCUGGAGAUCAACGAGCUCUUCAAGAAGUACACGCCCAACCCCUUGCUCGUCAUUGUCGACGUACAACCGAAAGAAGUCGGUGUGCCUACAGAUGCCUACUUUGCCGUGGAUGAGAUUAAGGAUGUGAGUGUUAUUGAACGCCCGCGCGCACUGGCCCGGAGAACUAACCAGCGUCUCUCGCAGGAUGGAACUACAACCUCUCGAACAUUCGUGCACACCCCGUCGAUAAUCGAGGCCGAAGAAGCAGAGGAGAUUGGUGUGGAGCACCUCCUCCGAGACAUCAGAGACGUCGCAGUCGGCACACUUUCCACUCGUAUCACGUCGCAGCUGCAGUCCCUGCAAGGAUUGCACCUGCGGCUACGCGAUAUCGGGCAAUACCUCCAGAAAGUUCUCGACAAAGAACUGCCCGUCAACCAUGCCAUUCUGGGUAACCUCCAGGAUGUCUUCAACCUCCUUCCCAAUCUGUCCACUCCCCCUGCGACUCAGCGGAUCAGUGGCCAGGAGCCACAGAUCGAGAACAGCGAGUUAGCACGGGCCAUGAGUGUCAAGACCAACGACCAAUUGAUGGCCAUCUACAUCAGUAGCUUGAUCCGUGCCAUCACCGCCUUCCACGACUUAAUCGAGAACAAGAUCCAAAACCGACAGCAGCAGGAGGAGAGUGACAACAAGCGGGACCAAGAGGCCAAUGGUGACAAGGAUGUGAAGAAGGCCGGGUCCUCAAAUGACGAAGAGGAGCAGGAGAGUGACAAGAACAAGAAGAAGAACUAA